CUUUUCUUAGUCACUAUGUUGCAGUCUGUGCUGCUGCUGCUGCUGCUAGGCAGUGGAGCACAAACUGCUUAUUAUGGCACUGUCUAUACUUACUACGUUGGAGACUAUCAGCAAAGUUCCUAUUCGCUAAUAUAUGAUUUUAAGCUGGGCUACAGUUCAUGUGUGGACUUCAACACUUCACUUUGUUCUGGAAACUGUAGUUGGAUUACCCUUCAUGCAAUCGAUGAAAGCAGAGAUGAGUGGUGUCAGAAAGUAUUUGUUGAAACUUACUACACUUCAUAUCAGACUGUAUACAAUGAAUUGUUUCCUACUGCAAACUGGAUAGAAAACAGAAAUGGUAUUAGAUCAUCUUUAAUACCGUUGCUUUUUGACUUAAGAAAUCGGUCUGAUAUCAACAAACCAAACUCCUCACCGCAGACCACCAUCAUCCCUCUUUUACGAGUUCCUUCAAACUGUCAGAGAAACAUCAAUUUGUUGGUUUUUGACCCCAAUGGAGAUGAGUUUAGAUGCAGAUAUUCAGCCGGUUCAGAGUGUUUUAACUGCACACCGCUGUCUGUCCUCAGUCUUUCAUCAGCUUGUAUUCUGUCAUUCAGCCCAACUAAUAGCAGUGCUGAAGGUCCAUAUGCAGUGCAGCUCAUUAUUGAGGACUUUCCCAGACAGACCAUCACUCUGACUAAUAGCAGUGGUUCAGAGGAGGUGAAAAAUACCAGCAAUGCCAUCAGCAAGGUCCCAGUCCAGUUUGUUUUCAGAGUGGAUCCUGCAGUACCAUCCUGCACUGAAGGUCUGUAUCUGCCUACGUUCCUGCCUCCAACACCUGAAAAUGGAGCUCAGAUCUACACCAAUGUCUCUCAGACUGUAGAAAUCAACAUCCAGGUCUCAGCAACAGCGGCUAUGAUCACCGAGCUCCUGUUUAGUGGUCCAACUGGUGUAUCCAAAAGUUCAUUAGGAUCAAGAAAUUUUACCCUAACGUGGACACCAUCUGAGAGGGAUGGAGGACGCAGCCACACUUUCUGCUUUGUUGCUCAAGCAAAUUCCUCCAACUCUGUUUACCAGUCAGACCUUCGAUGCAUUAUUGUAACGACCGGGGAGAGCCCAUCUAGACCCACCUUCAAUGUAACAACUCAACUACCCCCCACUAUGAUACCUCCUACAGCUACAUCUCUGCUCACACCUACUACGGCAGUCCCGAGUGACACACCGACCCCAGAACCAUAUUAUAUCCUGGCUCUGAAUGCAAAGAUUUUGACUACACUAUCACUGGAGCAUGAUUCUGCAACUAUCAUAGAACUGAUCAAAGGAGAGCUGCAAAGACAGGGCCUCCCGAUAGACAUAGAGGUUCAAAUAAAGGAUGCAGGAGAUAUUACACCUGGUGCCUAGUUGAUAAAUAUGAUCUUUGCCUGGAAAUCUGUUUUAAACCUUGGGAUUUUUAUAUAUGUUUUCCUAAUGAUAGUAAAAAUGUAAAUAACUUUCAUCUGAUUAUCAUAAAUGCAAACUGCAUAACAUUAUUUGUACCAGUGUCCUUUUGCCUGAUAAUAGAUGAGUAGAACCUACUGACCUAACCUGAUAUCUUUCAUGUUAUUAACGUCUCCUUAUGAAUUAUAAACACAAUUCAAGGUGGUUAAAUAAAUAUUUUCUGCCUUACCUAAAACUGAAUCAA